AUGUCUAAAGGCAGUGUUAUUGCUGUUAUGCACUCAGUUGAUGUCUUAAAUUUUACAGAAAUAUUUCUCAGGUUACAAGGCCCUUUACGUUCCAGUGGUACCGGUCGUGUUGAAGUAUUUUACAAUGGGCAUUGGGGAACAAUCUGUGAUGAUAGUUGGGAUUUAAAUGAUGCUAGAGUUGCGUGUCGUCAACUUGGUUAUCUAAAUGCUGUCAGAGCGCUUCAAGGAGGAUUUGUUCCUGAUGGUUCGGGACGGAUAUGGCUGGAUGAUGUUGCUUGUAAUGGGAAUGAACAACGUCUGUCAACUUGUCUACAUAACCCGUGGGGAAAUCAUGACUGCCGUCAUUCCGAAGAUGCUGGAGUAGAGUGUUUAGGAGGUAACUAUUAG